CAGUGUCAGUGUCACGCGCGAGGUGCACGUGAGUGAGAGGCCGUGCCAUGAAGCUGGGCCCGGCGCACUCGCUGGGCUCGUCACGGCGCCGCACGCGGGACGCGCUGGGGGUGCGCGGAGCCGAGGACCCCGCGGGGGGGCCCUCUCCGGCCCCCCCCGCCAGCUUCUCGGCGCUGCUGCUGUCGGGCCGCGUGCUCGCGGGGCUCAGCGCCGCGGGGUUCAGCGCCCCCUCGCCCAUCCAGCUCAAGGCCAUCCCCUUGGCGCGCUGCGGACUCGACCUGGUGGUGCAGGCCAAGUCGGGCACAGGGAAGACAUGCGUGUUCACCACCGUGGCCCUGGAGGCGCUCGUCUCCGAGAACCUUGCCGUGCAGGUGUUGGUGCUGGCGCCGACGCGCGAGAUCGCGGUGCAGAUCCACUCGGUGAUGCUGGCCAUCGGCGCGCACGUCGAGGGCCUGCAGUGCCACGUGUUCAUCGGCGGCACGCCGCUCUCCCUCGACCAGCAGCGCCUUCGCAAGUGCCACAUCGCCAUCGGCUCUCCCGGCCGAGUCAAACAGUUGAUAGAGCUGGGCCACCUCUCUGUGGGUGCGGUGCGUCUCUUCGUGCUGGACGAGGCCGACAAGCUGCUGGAGCAGGGCAGCUUCCAGGAGCAGAUCAACUGGAUCUACUCGAGCCUGCCGGCGAACAAGCAGGUGCUGGCGCUGUCAGCCACCUACCCCGAGUCGCUGGCAUCACACCUCACCCACUACAUGCGCGAGCCGACCUAUGUGCGCCUCAACCCCAGCGACAUGGCCCUGCUCGGGUUGAAACAGUUCUACAAGGUCGUGCCAUGCCAUCCCAUCUCACACCACAUCCUGCGUGAUAAGACCCAGGAGCUGCUGCAGCUCUUGUCACGGAUUCCCUUCAACCAGGCGCUGGUUUUCUCCAAUAUGCACAGCAGGGCACAGCACCUGGCGGACUCGCUCUCGGCGCGUGGCUUCCCAGCUGCAUGCAUCUCUGGGGGCAUGACCCAAAGCCAACGCCUUGACGCCAUGUCCAAGCUGAAGCACUUCCAGUGCCGCGUCCUCAUCUCCACUGACCUGAUGGCGCGCGGCAUCGACGCCGAGAAGGUGAACCUCGUCAUCAACUUGGAUGUGCCCGAUGACUGGGAGACCUACAUGCACCGCGUGGGGCGCGCCGGACGCUUCGGUACGUAUGGGCUGGUGGUGACGUACUGCAGCCAGGGCGAGGAGGAGAACCUGCUCAUGAAGAUCGCUGCAAAGUGCAACCUCCAGCUGCAGGCCCUGCCCGAAACCAUCUCGUCGGACUUCAUGGCCGAGGCGUUCGCUGACCAGGAGGAGGACGCUCCCGGGGAUCUUCCAGUGGCAGCCGUCGUGCAGCCCCCCGCGUGGCCCUCGUCGCGAUCCUCCUUGGCGAAGCACAAGGCGCGACCGCAAGUCCCGGCCCAACGGGUGCGGGCCGAGCACAGCGGGAAGGCCCCAGCUCGAAAGCAGCACAAGGGUGGGGCACCUAACCCGGCCGGGCCCUGGGAGGAAGACGAACCCGGCUGCAGGAGGGUUAGCGUAGGGGGUUCGAGUGAGGCAGCACGGCCGGCUCAGGCCGCGACCGAGGUUCGUGUGGCUGAGAACGGCGGCGGUGGUGGUGGUUGCCUGUCAUGGCAGCCGGCCUCACUCCACCCGCUUCCUCCAAAUCGGCUUCGAGAAGCCGGCAGCUCAUCGGAGAGUAUCUUACCGCAAGUUCCUCCCUUGGCUCUAUUUAAACGGAGCUCCUCCACGCAGAGCAGAAAUUUCGCAGAGGCGCUCGCCGACUACGAAUACUUUCUGUGCCACGGCGUCGGCAAGCCCCCCGAGGCCGGAACGGCGGUCGGCGACGGUGGCGUGGGGGGGGCGGAGAAGCGGCCCACGUCCCGUGGGGAGAGUGACCCCCAGCAGUCGGACUCCUGUGAGCCCGCAUGCGCCGGCGGGACGGAAGGCAGCGCCGCUCCUCGGUCGGCGGGCGGCAAAAGCGACGACGAUGAGAAGAGCGUUGGCACUCACGUGAGGGGGCACAGUGAGAGAGAGGUGGAGCGGGAGGAGGAGCGGGAGGAGGAGAGCAGCGACGAGGAAAUGGAUGACGCGGACGAGGAGGAGGGCAGCACAGACACGAUGGACAGUGAGGUGCGCGAGGCCAGUGGAGACGACGCAGCACCGAGCCAACGACACGACGACCCGCGGCUGGAACGCACUGCCGUGCGCGGGGAGGGAGCCGCUUCGGGAAUCCGGGCCGAGCGAGCCGAGCGGAGGUUGGGCGCGGACGCGGCAGCGCGGGCGGGUGGCGCGACAGCCGGCAGAGCCGCCGGUGGGAGCCAUUUAGACUACAACUCGUACUUCUUCCCAAAGAACUACGAGGCCAAGGGCAGGCCUCUGCCGUCCACUCCAAAGAGAGACGUGAAACGCGACGCUUUCCCGUCGAGUGCCACGAGACCUGCGCUCAAACAAAAGGCCGCGGCUGAGCGAGACGCGGCGUCUGCCCAGCCGAGAACCAGAGAAGCGAGGCCCCGGGCGGCGGUGGGUUACCGGGCGGCGGCGGGGGCCGCUGACGGAGCUUGGCCGGCGGGGGCCACAGAGGGAGCGUGGCCGGCGGGGGAUGACGCCGACCCUUAUGGUCCAUAUGCAGCGUACGCGGCCGGCGGCGGGUGGAGCGCCUGGUACCGACACUACUGGCAGUGGUGGUACUAUGCCAACGCCGUGUACACGAGGGAGCUCGUGAAGCGCUGUUAGCGGGCGCCUGCGAUGGUGCAUGCAGGGGGAGCGGUGUGGUGGUGUCGGGGGCCCAGCGGUUGCGCCUUCGCCGCCCGUCGUUCUUAUCGUUGUUAUUGUUUAUCCAGGAAGGCCUCGCCAGGGCUGGCGACACUCUUAUUUGAGGAGGGUCCUGCCGAGUUGUCGCAGUAGGGGGGCGAUUCUGCUGCUGCUGCUGCUGAGUGAUCUCGAUUGAGUGUUUGCAGCUAAUUUUCACAAUUGGGAUGUUUUGGGCUGUUUAUACUUUGUACGUUUAUGUUUUUUUUACCCUUAAAUAUGUGGCUUCUGCUUCAUGUUGGACGUUAAAGAUCCCCCGACGUCGAUUGAAAGGAGUAAACUUUUGUUGCCGGUUUCACUGUGCAAAGUGGCCCGGGCCUUCAAUUGGCCAGGUUUGCUACUUACGGUUGAGAAAGAACUUCAACAUACACGCGUACAUUUGACAAAUACCAACGCAGGUGAGUUGACUGGGAUUGGUGUACAUAUCACGAUCUUCGCCCACCCUCCACAGGCAGAAUAAACUGCCGAUUGCAGGCCACGUGUCCGAGUCGCCUCAUGUUGCACAGGGACAGCUGCCGCUGGGGGUGCCCCUUUCAAAUUUUUGAGAUCUGUUGGGAGUCACUUAUUGCGCAGGCACAAAGUGACGAUUGUUUUCGUGAAGAUGGGGCCUUGUCUCGUUCUAGGGGGAACGCAGUGAGAAUGUUGACUGCGGUCCACCUACAGCACAACUACACAGCAUAGCUACAUCACACCUACACAGCAUAGCUACAGCACACUUACAGCAUAGCUACAGCAUAGCUACAGCAAACCUACACAGCACACCUACAGCAUAGCUGCAGGAUACCUACACAUCAUAGCUACAUCACAGCUACACAGCAUAGCUGCAUCACACCUACACAGCAUAGCUACAUCACAACUACACAGCACACCUACACAGUACACCUACAGCAUAGCUACAGGAUACCUACACAGCAUAGCUACAGCACACUUACAGCAUAGUUACAUCACACCUACACAGCAUAGCUACAGCACAACUAUACAGCACAGCUACAUCACACCUACACAGCACACCAGCAUAGCUACAGCAUAGCUACAGCACCCCUACACAGCAUAGCUACAGCAUAGCUACAUCACACCUACACAGCACACCUAUAGCAUAGCUACAGGAUACCUACACAGUAUAGCUACAGCUCACCUACAGCACAGCUACAGCAUAGCUACAGCUACACAGUAUAGCUACAGCUCACCUACAGCACAGCUACAGCACACCUACAGCAUAGCUACAGCACACCUAAACAGCAUAGCUACAGCACAGCUAAACAGUAUAGCUACAGCACACCUAAACAGCAUAGCUACAGCACCCCUACACAGCAUAGCCUCAGCACACCUACACAGCAUAGCCUCAGCACACCUACACAGCAUAGCAACAGCACACCUUCACAGCAUAGCAACAGCACAACUACAGCAUAGCUACAGCACACCUACAGCACCCCUACACAGCAUAGCUACAGCACACACAACAUAGCUACAGCACACCUACACAGCAUAGCUACAGCACUCCUACACAGCAUAGCUACAGCGCAUACAGCCUAGCUACAGCACACCUACACAGCAUAGCUACAGCACACCUACACAGCAUAGCUACAGCACUCCUACACAGCAUAGCUACAGCACACCUACACAGCAUAGCUACAGCACACCUACACAGCAUAGCUACAGCAUAGCUACAGCACACCUACACAACAUAGCUACAGCACACCUACACAGCCUAGCUACAGCAGAGGUGGGCGGAGGGGGGUCAGUGGGGUGAUAGAUGAAACCCUGCAAAGUUGUUUUUAUUGACACGGUGUAAACGCGCGGAAAGUGUCGUGUACUUUGUUUUAAUGUACACCAUGACAUUUCGGGACCAUGUCCCUCUCUCCCUUGGAAAGUUUCUAGAUCCGCCUCUGGAGUCACGGGGGUGGGGGAUCUCGCUUUGCCUGGGUCUCAUCAGCAGCCCCCGACGCUUAGAACCGCACGUUUUGCAUCCGCACUCCUGCAGCUGCCCACACGUUCCCCACUCACGCACGACUUCUCUCGGCGCGACGUGGGCAUCGCGAGGGUGGCUGGGAGCCCCCCGCGUACGAGGCAGAGCUCACCGGGUUGCGGUCCGCAGGGUGGUGGUUCAUAAAGGACAAAAGAGAUGGAGAGGCUCGUGCAGAUGGUGUGUUGGGCAACCUCUGUGUCUAAGAUCUGUGAAGGAACUGAAAUAAAGUGAUUCGUCAUUUAAACUUG